GUCGUGCCCAUGCUCUGAUGAAGAUGUUUCUGGUUGCGACUUGCCCGAAUGCUUCAUCGGAAUGACGGGUGGGCAGAUGUGUGAAGCUGACAGUGCUCUGCCAGAUCUGAAUCCAAAUUUCAAUAGCAACAAUUGUCCUAAUGGUUACGACGUGUGGGAGUACAUGUGUGAGGCUUCGACUACGGUUUCAACUGCUACUUCGACGUCGGACACGAGUUCUUCCUCCACCACGAGAACGGCGACAGCCACGAGCUUCUUCACGACAGCGAGCCGCCACCACGGAGACUACGACGGCCACCAGCGAGACCAUCAUGACCUCGUCUUUUAGUACAGCCAGCACCUCCACGGAGACGGCGACAGCCACGAGCUCGACCACGGCAACAAGUUUUAUCACGGAGACGCCAACGGCCACCACGGUGACCACGGAGAUUGCCACUACAGAGACUGCCACGAGCGCUUCCACAGAGACUGCAACUGUUACUUCGGCGUCGGACAUCAGUUCUCCCGCUGCCACGGCGACAGCCGCGAGCGCCACCAUGGAGACGACGACGGCCACCAGCGAGACCAUUAUGACCUCGUCUUUUAGUACAGCCAGCACCACCACGAAGAUGGCGACAGCCACUAGUUCGACCACGGCAACAAGUUCCAUCACGGAGACGCCAACGGCCACCACGGCGACCACGGCUGCCACUACAGAGACUGCCGCGAGCACCUCCACAGAGAUUGCAAUUGUUAUUUCGACGUCGGGCACCAGUUCUUCCUCCACCACGAGAACGGCGACAGCCACGAGCUCCUCCACGACAACGAGCGCCACCACGGAGACUACGACGGCCACCAGCGAGACCAUCAUGACCUCGUCUUCUAGUACAGCCAGCACCUCCACGGAGACGGCGACAGCCACGAGCUCGACCACGGCAACAAGUUUUAUCACGGAGACGCCAACGGCCACCACGGUGACCACGGAGAUUGCCACUACAGAGACUGCCACGAGCGCUUCCACAGAGACUGCAACUGUUACUUCGGCGUCGGACAUCAGUUCUCCCGCUGCCACGAGAACGGCGACAGCCGCGAGCGCCACCAUGGAGACGACGACGGCCACCAGCGAGACCAUUAUGACCUCGUCUUUUAGUACAGCCAGCACCUCCACGGAGACGGCGACAGCCGCGAGCUCGACCACGGCAACAAGUUUUAUCACGGAGACGCCAACGGCCACCACGGUGACCACGGAGAUUGCCCCUACAGAGACUGCCACGAGCGCUUCCACAGAGACUGCAACUGUUACUUCGGCGUCGGACAUCAGUUCUCCCGCUACAACGAGAACGGCGACAGCCGCGAGCGCCACCAUGGAGACGACGACGGCCACCAGCGAGACCAUUAUGACCUCGUCUUUAAGUACAGCCAGCACCUCCACGGAGACGGCGACAGCCACGAGCUCGACCACGGCAGCAAGUUCCAUCACGGAGACGCCAACGGCCACCACGCGAGCGCCACCUCGAAGACGACAACGGCCACCACCGAGACCAUCACGAGUUCGUCUUUUAGUACAGCCAGCACCUCCACGAAGAUGGCGACAGCCACUAGUUCGACCACGGCAACAAGUUCUAUUACGGAGACGCCACCGGCCACCACGGCGACCACGGAGACUGCCACUACAGAGACUGCCACGAGCACCUCCACCACAGAGACUUCAACUGUUACUUUGGCGACAGGAACCAGUUCCACCACGUCAACGGCGACAGCCACCAGCUCCUCCACGACAGUGAGCGCCACCACGGAGACGACGACGGCCAUCACCGGGACGUCCACGAGCUCGUCUUCGAGUACAUUCAGCACCUCCAUGGAGACGGCGACAGCCAUCACGGAUACGGGCACGGCAACGGCGACGAGCUCAUCCUCAACAGGAACUGGCACCACAGGAACGGUGACUGCCACAACAGAGACGGCAACUGUUUCCUCCACGACUGCAACAACCAUCACGGAGAGAGGGGUUGUGUCGACCACGUUGGCGUUGCCCGCUGCUGCAGGCGCCACGCAGUUAGCGGUGGUGUCCGUGCUAGGCUUCAGAGUCGGAGAUGUGAUUUUGAUCGCUGGUGGUGGCGUCAGCGAAUUGGGGACAAUCUCGGGCAUCGGGCCGAUCGUUCUGGCCGACGGAACUACGAACUCAUACCCAGUUGGUUCUAUUGUCUCUGUGUAUCACUCGACAGACGCUCCGACUCCAGCGCCCACGGCCGCUCCGGUGACGAUGGCGGCGAUCGGACGCUUGGAAGAUUCCGUCCUUGCUGCCCUGCUUGCGAGCAACAGCCUCAACGCAGUGGUGACAGCGGAGGGGAUCGUCAGCGUCGCGCGUGUGGUGAAUAUUUCGACGGAUGCGUCGGACGAGUCGGUCAGGGUCGAUAUGGCGGACAUCGGCGCGAGCGUCGUUUUUCCGUUGUCCUUGUUCGCGGACUUUGGCCUCCGCGACGCGGUCGUGUUGGCGUCCACCGUCGAGCCCGGCGCCCUCGCCACCUUCGCCGAGGGCCCGCGGACCACCGGCGAGGGCGUUACCCAGGAGCUGCUGUCGGCGAUCAGCAUCAACUUCUUCGAGCUGGCUGGCAGCCGCAUCUCCGUCUCGGAUCUCGCCGAGCCGAUCCGCUUCUCCCUGCCCAGCUCCAGCUCGAGCGGGCUGACGUGCGCGUGGCUGGACGAGGGCGCGGGCGAGUGGACCACCGAGGGCGUCUACGCGGACGGCUUCGCGGCAGACGGCAGCGUCUGGUGCGCCACGUUGCACCUCACCUUCUUUGGGGCGAUCCUCUCGGGGUUCCUGUCCACGCUCCAGUGCACCCAGGCCUCGCUGCUCGCGGCUGACAGUUACAUUGAGCUCAUGAAUGGCACCUGGUACCACAGCGUGGGCACCCAGCUGUUGUUCCUCGUCCUGGGAGGCUUAGUCGUCAUGGUUGCGGCCGCCUGUGUCCUCGACGAGAUCGAGCGCCGACGGGGUUUCUGGAAGACAGAGUAUUUCCUGAUCGCCAACGCCGCGGCGCCAGCGACGGGCAUGGCCGCGUUGGCAGCAGGUGUCGGCGUCGGCCAGGGCAACCUAGCAUGUUGCACAGAAGGCGUCGUCGGGGGUCUGAAAGAAGCGGUCGACGACCUCCUCGGCACGUUCUUCGCAUACCUCGGGCAUAUCCAGAGUGUUUUGGAGGAGCUGAUGGUGUGCCAGUUUGAAGGCGGCUUCCUUCACGCCCUUGCCCCCAUAAUCAUUUCCAAGAGUGUCCUACGGAGCACUUCGGCCUCGUACUUUCUGCUUGCCGACGACUUGGGAGUCUUGCUCAACGAGGACGUGGACCAGCUGAUUUCGCCGAAGCAAGGGAUCACGGGCGAUGUGGACGACGCAGUCGCAGACGCAUUUCGCCGAAGCAGCCUUGACUGCGGCAGCUUCGACCAUGUCUUAGACGUGGACGGCGAGGCGAACGCCUCGCAGAGUGCAGUCACGCUUGCGGGCGCAGGGCUCUUUUCCCGGGGCGCCGCUCGACGUCUCAGGCGGUUGAAGGAGCUGAGGGACCACGUGCUCGAGCACCAGAGGUACAACUUCAACCGCCACGCGAAUUGGUGCCACCUCGCCAGAUCUCUGGUUCUGUCGCUGCUUGUCCACGGCCCGUUGGGGUCCGUGUUCUGCCGCAGCAUCACGAUGUCUCAUUCAUUGCGGGCCCUCUAUCUGUGCUGCGACUUAUUGGGGUCCAUGAUGUUGGCGACCGUCUUUUGCUCCGCGACUGGUGGCGCCCUGAGCAAGAAGUCACCGAAGGGGUGUGAGUCCGAUUGCCUGGACCCUGACAGCGGCGUAGACAGUGCGACUUGUGCAUACAUGCAUUUCGGGCGAUUAAUAGCCAUCGGAAUGGUCAGCACGCUGAUCGCUGGCGUCCCGAUUUCCAUACUGAAUUCUUUGCAUCAGCGGGAAUUCGUUCGCGUGGCUUAUGAGGGCAGCCCGGACUGGCGCAUACAGCUCCGAAAAUGGCGUCGAAACGACGCGAUUCUUUGGGUACUUGGACCCGCCUAUUGUCUGCUUGCAGGCAACUACGCGUGCUUAUUCUUCGCGAAUGUGGCGUCAUAUGACCAGGGGCAGUGGAUGAUCAGUGCUUGUAUUGUUUUUUUCGAAGACUUUGUUAUCCUUCCUCUAGGAGUUGGUUUUGUGGUUGCUCUGCUUGCGCUAGUGUUCCUCACAGGCUUGUCGUGGAAAUACGGAUUGGCGAGGUCGCAAAUUACACAGCAGGGCAGCGCCGAGUCCCUCAGGGAGCUGUGCAGCAACACCAGGGACAGGGGCGAUAUUCAGCGGACGUCAACCACCGAAAGUCUCGCCGCUUCCAAAGCGAUGCGGUCGUUGCGGCAGAUGCAGACAGGCCGCAGAGGGUUGAUGCGAGAGGACGAUGGGCCGUUCGAGGUGCACUGCUUUCAAGACGUUGGCCUCGCCGACCUCGCACGCCUGACUCCUCGAUCCAUCGGCUGAGGCGGUCUUCGAUCGAGCGCCGCGGUCGAGAGACCACAGCCGGCGUGCCGCCCGGCCAUGGCCUGUGUCAUUUCAGUUGGCGGAGUGGCCCGGACGAGUACGAUUUGGAGCGGAUGCUGCUUACGGGG